GGCGUUUCCGUGCACACUCCUGGCCGAGAGCUAGCGUGUAGCAGCCGUCCGUAAACAGCAACGACACCACGACGGACUGCAAAAUUGUCAUCGGCUGCAGAGAAGAUAUUUUUCAACGCUGCGGUUCACUGGAUAAGGGUGUCGCCACGGUCUCUAGAACAACAAUGCCCCCUCCAAUGCGCCACCGCUCCAUGCGCGUCUUCAUGAACGAUGACCGCCACGUCAUGGCCAAACACUCCGUCAUCUACCCGACUCAGGAGGAGCUGGAGAGCGUACAGAACAUGGUGUCCCACACGGAGCGGGCCCUCAAGGCCGUCUCCGACUGGCUGGAUAAGCAGGAGAAGGUGUCCCCCAAGUCAGACUCUGAUAGCGCAGACACCGAUAAGGAGAGUGAGCACAGAGAUCAGGCAACCCGCUCUCUGCGUGGCGUAAUGAGGGUGGGCCUGGUUGCCAAGGGCCUGCUGCUGAAGGGGGACCUGGACCUGGAGCUGGUGCUCCUCUGUAAGGAAAAGCCGACCAUCAACCUGCUGAAGAGAGUGUCUGAAAACCUUGUGACGCAGCUCAAGGCGAUCACAGAAGACAAGUACGCGGUGACCCAGAACAUCCUCAAGGCCAGCAUCGUCAUCAAGAACACCAAGGAGCCCCCUCUCACCCUCACCAUCCACCUGACGUCCCCACUGGUCCGCGAGGAGAUCGAGAGGGCCGUGUCCGGAGAAUCGCUUUCAGUCAACGAUCCCCCGGAAGUUCUGGACAGGCAGAAAUGCCUAACUGCCUUGGCGUCUCUCCGCCACGCUAAGUGGUUCCAGGCCAGAGCCAACGGGCUGCGCUCCUGCGUCAUCGUCAUCCGGAUCCUACGGGACCUCUGCGCCCGCGUCCCCACAUGGGCCCCGCUCCGUGGCUGGCCGCUGGAGCUGAUCUGUGAGAAAGCCAUCGGCACAGGGAACCGGCCCAUGGGGGCAGGAGAAGCUCUGCGGAGAGUUCUAGAGUGUCUGGCUUCAGGCAUCCUCAUGGAUGGUAUAUACGGUGCUGGGAUCUCUGAUCCGUGUGAGAAGGAUGCCACAGACGCCAUCGGUCACUUGGACCACCAGCAGAGAGAAGACAUCACGGCGAGCGCACAACAUGCCUUAAGGCUGUCGGCUUUCGGACAGCUUCACAAAGUGCUUGGGAUGGAUCCCCUCCCUUCAAAGAUGCCCAAGAAACCCCGUAGCGAGACUCCCAUUGAUUACACAGUGCAAAUCCCACCGAGCACGGCGUACGCCCCACCAAUGAAAAGGCCCAUCGAGGAAGAGGAGGGAAUUGAUGACAAGAGUCCAAAUAAGAAGAAGAAAAAGCUGCAGAAGAAAUCUCCAGAGGAGAAGGCGGAGCCCCCCCAGGCGAUGAACGCUCUGAUGAGGCUCAAUCAGCUGAAGCCGGGUCUCCAGUACAAGCUGAUCUCUCAGACCGGCCCGAUUCACGUCCCGGUCUUCACCAUGGCUGUCGAAGUGGACGGCAAGACCUUUGAGGCGUCUGGUCCGUCCAAACGCACUGCCAAGCUGCACGUAGCUGUAAAGGUCCUCCAGGACAUGGGCCUGCCCACAGGAGUGGAACUAAAGACCGCUGAGUCGGUGAAAUCAGAGGAGGUGGUUGUACCGGUCACUGUGCAGAAACUGAAGCCAGUCGUAACACCCAUCGAAACCACCGCUGCCGCCACAGGAGCUGCCAAUGCAGACACCACUGAUGCCGCAGAGAGCGCUCGCCAACAGGGACCAAUACUAACCAAGCACGGCAAGAACCCCGUGAUGGAGCUGAACGAGAAGCGGCGCGGCCUGAAGUACGAGCUUAUCUCCGAGACCGGCGGCAGCCACGACAAGCGCUUCGUCAUGGAGGUGGAGAUCGACGGGCAGAAGUUCCAGGGGUCGGGGUCCAAUAAGAAGGUGGCCAAGGCCUACGCCGCCCUGGCCGCUCUGGAGCGGCUCUUCCCAGAGGGCUCCAUGGCCGAGGCCGCUAAAAAGAAAAAAGGGCCGACCAUGCACGCGCCAGGCUUCGGCAUGAUGGGAGCCUCCGUGGCUGGAGACGCCGCUUCACGCAGGGGCCGAGGGAGAGCAGGACGAGGACGAGGUCGCGGGAGGGGGAGGAGCUUCAAUAACGGAGGAGGCUACGGCCAAGGAGGUGGCUUCGGAACGUACGGCUACGGGAACAACACUGUCUCCGGAUACAAUUACUACAACAACGGUGGCACGGACGGAGGAGGCGGGGUAUCGAACAGCCCGUUGUUUGGCCCCCCAGCCAGCCCAGUGCCGGGAUCAGCUCAGGGCUCCUACGGCUCGUACUACCAGAACGACGGCGCCUACACCGCCAUGUCCGCUGCGAAAACUGCCAAAAAGAAACUCCCCAUGAACACGGGAGGGAUGGCGCCCUUUACAGGUCUCCCAGGGGCGAACAGUGGAGCUGCAGGGGGAUACCAGUCCAGCAACCCCCCCGGGCAGGGCUUCUAUAACCAGUACGGCCAGGGCUACGGCCAGGGCUACGGCCAGGGCUACAGCCAGGGCUACGUCCAGGGGAACGUCCAGGGGAAGAAGACUUUCAACCAGAACCAGGGGGGGGCGGGCGGAUACUCGUAUAGCACCACCUAUCCCAGCCUGGUGACGGGGGGCGCCGGAGGCAGCCAAGACUACAGCUAUGAAGGUUUCAACAACCAGUCCAAUUACAACUCACAGGGGGUAGCGGGAGGAGGAGGGGCAGGACCCARCAACAACCAGGGCUUCGGACCCAGCAACAACCAGGGCUUCGGACCCAGCAACAACCAGGGCUUCGGACCCAGCAACAACCAGGGCUUCGGACCCAACAACAACCAGGGCUUCGGCACCAGCCACUGUCAGUACCAGAACCCAGUGGGCUACGGCAGGGGAGACGGCAGCAUGAACUACCAGUACAGAUAAACUCUAAUCACUCCGCCUGUGAAUCCUCGGCACAAAGCGUCGGUGUCUGGAGCCGUCUCCAAAGAAAGCGACUGCCUGUGCUCUCUGCCUUUUUCCGUGUUUGCUUCUUAUGCGCUUUUGGGUUUAAAUGUGGCACAUGUGGGACACAAAUAGAGUUGUCUGGACUUUUUUAAGAGUCAAGAGAUGAGUCGCGGCUGAAUUUAGUGGUCUGUUUCAGUGGUCUGGUCAGUGCUUAGUCUUGUGUUUUUAGGUUAUUCUUAUUUUUAUGAUUUGUUUUAAAUCUAUGCUACCAGUCCUCUGCUUCAUCACUAAAUAUUGAAGGCUGAUUCUUCCAACUACUCACUGGCUCUGACUGUUUCCUUUUACUAUGAAGAGGUGUGUGGGGACAGCCGUUUUCUUUUCUCCUGUGAAACUAGUCAAAUCUUGUAGUUUUAAAACUACAAAGCUUGUUGUGCUUUUUUGUAAUAAUUCAUUAGACCCCGACUAGCUUCUUCUGUUCUGCAUUGCUUGUAAUUUCGGCUUAUUUUGUAAUUUACCUGAUGUGAUGUAGUUAUUUUAAUAACUGUUUUUUGGGAAAUAUACUUGCAUUCUGAUGUCACAUCCACAUUUCUGCUCAAUGUAGCUUUUUCAUUGGGUUGGAUUUGUUCCUGUUAAUGUAUAACAAAGGGUUUGUAUUAAAAAAUGAUUUUUAUUU